AUAUUAUUUUCAGUAUAUAGCGAUUCUCCCAUCGGUUAAUGUUAUUAUUUUCGUUUUCGCUUACACACAUUUAUUUUUGACCGUUAUCGCGGACUACUUUUAUUCCGCGUGUCCUUGAUCGAUGGCCAGUAUGCCGGUGUAAUGUGUUAUCGUCCCGUUGUAAAACUACGUUCGACAAGUUCUUUCUUCGUUUUUUUCAUGCUUAAUCACCACAGUGGAAGAAAUUUCGUCCCGACGAAACAAAAAUAACCUUACCAAUAUCAACCACUUCCAUAGAACGUGUCGAAUAAAAAAAAAAAACAUACAAACGUUAAAACGGUGGAAACUCGUUCUUAUAAUAAACAUUAUAUAAUUUCUUAAACACUUGCAUACAGUUGCGACUUGUCAAUGUCAGCAAUCCCGUCAUUUUAUAAGCUAUAAUGUCGAGUAAACAGUCAAUCGAUAGGUAUCAAGCGAUCAAAUACAGUAACAUUGUCCAGCCCAAGUUGAUUCAUAUACCGGAACAAACUCAACAGUCAGACACGAAACUCACUGGGCCUAGACCACAUGAGAUAAAUAUGGAUGACAUGAAUGCACAAAGUUUGAAGACAAAUAAUCAUGCGAUUGGUUACAAUGAAAAAGAUUCUAGAAUUUCAUUCACAGAUAAUCAAGCCGACAAAGAAAUUCCAAAAAAUGACGACAAUUUUCAACCAAAUCAAGAUGUUGUGAUCGACCAGACGAUUGGGAUUAUGGAUGAAGACACCCCGAAAGCUUUUAAUCUGUAUAGAAAUAAAAAGCUAAUAUCUCACGGUAUGAUGGAUGUUGCACUGUUUUCGGCAAAUGCUAAUCAACUAAGAUAUGUCUUGGAAGCUAGUGAUGGUAGCGCCGUUUACAUAAUUUGUAUCAUACUUUUACUAACUAGCAUAUUUUUACAGAUAUUAGUAGGUGUAGCGCUUUUAUUGAGUGCUCGGUACAAUGUAACUAACUGUGAGCAACGAAUAAUGGCCUUUAAACUAGGAAACUACGUUAUAGUCGGUAUUUUCCUCAUAACUGUUGUCAAUAUUUUCAUAACAUCAUUUGGAGGACCAGCAGCAACUUCACCGACUAUAUUGGCCACUUCGGUUACAGAACAGCCAAUUUUAUGAGAUCAGCUAAAUAUCAAAACUGAUAUAAUCACAUGACUGCAAGAAGUAGUGGUUAUAAAAAUGACUUUAUUUUUAUGCACUCCAUUAUACACUAAUAUUUAGUACUUAAAAAAUACUUGGUAUUUUAAAUUAUAAGUGUGUUUACAUGUAAAUACAUUUUUAUUUAAUUAAAAUUAAAAACUAACUUUGAAAGAAUCUACAGUAGAAACUAAACGUAAAGAAAAUGUCGUAGAAAAACGCUUAGUAAACCAAAUAUAUUGCA